AGCUCCCGCCUGCCAGAGAGGCCUUUGGAGAGCCGGCGCUCGCACAGCACUCGCCAUGUCCCAGGCUGACACUCAGGAAGCCCCCAUCAAGAAGAAGCGCCCCCCUGUGAAGGAGGAGGACCUGAAGGGGGCCCGAGGGAGCCUGGCCAAGAACCAGGAGAUCAAGUCCAAGACCUACCAGGUCAUGCGGGAGUGUGAGCAAGCUGGCUCCGCCGCCCCCUCGGUGUUCAGCCGCUCCCGCACAGGCACAGAGACUGUCUUCGAGAAGCCCAAAGCGGGACCCGCCAAGAGUGUCUUUGGCUGAGAAGUGCGUGCCGCGCCCCUCGCCACCCAAGCACCUAGACGCAGGAGCCUUUCCCAAGAACUCUUUUUUUAUGCCAGAACACCCCUUCUGCCCUGCCGUCUCUGGGCUGCCGCCCUCCCCUCCGGCUCUGCACCAGCACCAAUAAAGAGGAUGCCCGA